CAUCGACGCACGAUAGCACGACCAUCUCACGUCCGACCACGGACCCAAAGCAACACGAAUAACAACAACGGUGAUAUCACAAUGUUUCCACGGGGGCCACGCUUCGCGGCAGCGAAGAUACCCGAGGUCCCUGGACCCAAUUCAUACAACCCUCAAGACCCGGAAUACGACGCCUACAAACGAGGUGCAUUCCUCGAGAAGACGAAUCGGUUUGGAAGGACAAACCGACCUGGCGCCUACAAUGCAGAUGCACUUGUAGCCAAUGGCAAGCCCGCCUCUGGCGGCCAGAAGACUGUGACUACGGAUCGUUACGCCGUCCUCCAACGGAAACUCGAGGACCUGGAACGACUGCACGCAGAGGGCAAGAAAGCGCACAGCACAGAAGUUGAACGGCUCAAACUCGAAUUCAAUCGCGCACAAAGGUCAUCUACAGAGCACUCUGAGCGCGCCGAUAAGCUGAAGAAGCAAAACGAUGCUCUGGAGAGCCGAGUCCAAGAGCUCAAGAAGACAAGUAUGUCGGAGCAAAGCGAGCUUCGUGAGCUUCGGGUGAAGCUAAAAGCGGCGGAGCACGAGCGUGCACAGCUCGCUGCGAAGCAAGGCGAGGCGGGCGAGACCAAGAAGGCGUUGCAGGCGGCCGAGGCGCGGAGGAAAGACGACGUCCGCGAGCGCGACAGGAAGAUUGCUGAGCUCGAGAAGGCGCUUGCGAGCGAGAAGAAGAAACGCGACCUAGUGGAGGGGAAGCUAGCCGAGGUGAAGGGCAAGGUUGACGUGGAGGUCAACGAGGCUCGUGCAGCGACGUCUCAUCUCGAGGCGCAGCUCGAAACCACAAAGGCAGAGGCGCAUACUGCCAUGGCUGCGCUGGAUGAUGCGAGGACUCAUGCUGCUGAGAGGGAGGAGGGACUGCUGGAGAUGCUUGACCAACAUCGAGCUACCCUGGCUCGUGUCGCUACUGAAUAUGGUCAACUCGCGUCAAAGAGUAUCUCGCAGACCACACAUUCGCGCGUCAAGCACGAAGCCGAUGCCCUCCGGCUACGAGUCCACAGGCUCGAGCGCAAACUCGCCAAUUCAGAGGGACAAGUUGUGGAGCUUGCCAAUCUCAUUCGGCAGACGAAGGACGAGAACCUGUUCCUGUCUACCCAGCUGCGAGAAGCGCAAGACGAAGUCUCGCACUAUGUCGAGGCCCUGCGCGACGCAGAGGCAGCACAGCACGAAGACGCGCUGGUGCAUCCAGAACUCGAACAGGAUGUAGCAUGCUUGGGGGCCGAGCUCAGAGAGGCCGAGCGUGCAAGCACGGAGGCCAUUCGCGCAGAUCUUCAUUCUUGGGCGGAUCUUCACCGCCUCAGGGCGGACGCACUUCUGCUAAAUGCCACGACGCUAAUCAAGGCGGCGGACGAGGCUGAAGAGCAAGCCCGUCAGCGCAGCUCCGAGUUGUCUGUCUCAGAGGCCAAACACGACGAACUCCAGAAGACUCUCGAGAUCCUGCGCACCCAGUAUGUCGACGCGCAAGAGCAACUCGCACGGACGUCCGCUGCCUGCGAUACGGUCAAGGCGUCCGAAGCUGCGCUCAUGAAGCAGCUCGAGGAUAUGCGCUCGACCAACCUUACGGAGCUUUCCACGGCUCAGCAGGCGCUGCAGAAGGAGAAGGACACGGUCCGCCGGUUUGCGACGACAGUGCAACAGCACCGGGCAGCGGAGGAGGCGCUUCGCGCUGAGAUGGAUCAAAUGUACGCUGAGCUUGCCGAGGCAGAGCGCUACCGCGAGGCUUAUGGACAGCUUGUCGAAGAGGUCGAUGCACUCGUGGCACGAAACGCGUUGGCAGAAGAGGAAGCCAGGCAUCUAAGCAAGUUCAAUGCGGAGAUUGUGGGGCAUCACAAUCCAGCGCAGCGCAUCAUGUACGUGGACAGGAUCAGGAGAGAGCUGCAUGAAACAAAGCAGCAACUACUGAUGCUCACGCGCGACCGGGAUGCGACAGAAGCCCAGAACGAAGACUUGCAGCACGAACUCAAUUUGUACAAUCUGUCGCUGUUCCGCCGGAGUUGAAGACACGAACGACGGUGACGCGAGUAGAGAGACUGCAGGUUCCCUCCGCCAGUAUCGGUUUGGGUGGUUCGCAGAAGGGCUCGAACGAACUGAACUCCAGGAGUGCAUCGUCCAUGGCUUCUAACAGGAAGCUGAGCCGAUGCCAGAGGUCGACUACAUUUCAGGGAGAGAUGACUGUAGACGAGAUCAUGUGAACGAGUGACGAUAUUACGAGUAUACCUUUCCGAUUUGUCCUCAAUCUAAGCACGUACCGUAAUGUACUCUGG